UAUCACAUUCAAUAUUUGUAUCAAAAUAAUAAAUAUAGAAAAUAUGUGUUUUAAAGUAUAUCACAUGAUUAAUUUAUAUGCAUUUUAAUUUUAAUUAAUGAUCUUUAAUAGUAUAAAUUAUUUGAUCUGAUACAAAAAUUAGGCGUACAUAAAUAUAUGAAUUGGCGUGCACUCUCCUGUCCCAUAUUUCUAUGAGAAUCUCUCAUCCUUUUCAUGAAUUAAAUAUUUAAUUUUCCCUCUGGAAUUUGUUGAAAAGAGCGAAAAAAUUCGAGCUUUGUGGCUCAAGUUUGUUAAAAUGCCUCCAACAUAUUUUCCUCUUAGGUGGGAGAGUACAGGGGAUCAAUGGUGGUAUGCUUCACCAAUUGAUUAUGCAGCUGCUAAUGGUCACUAUGAUUUGGUCCGUGAGCUUCUUCGAUUAGACGGAAAUCACCUUAUUAAGCUCACUUCACUACGUCGAAUUCGAAGGCUUGAAUCUGUUUGGGAUGAUGAAGAACAGUUUGAUGAUGUGGCUAGAUGCCGCUCGCAAGUUGCAAGAAAGUUGAUGCUUGAAUGUGAUACCAAGAAAGGGAAAAACCCCCUUCUUAAAGCUGGCUAUAGUGGGUGGCUUUUAUAUACUGCUGCUUCUGCUGGUGAUGUGGCGUUUGUUCAAGAAUUGCUCGAACGAAACCCGCUUCUGGUGUUUGGAGAAGGGGAGUAUGGUGUCACUGAUAUAUUAUAUGCUGCUGCUAGGAGUAAAAGUUGUGAUCUUUUUAGGUUUCUGUUUGAUUUUGCUAUAUCCCCGAGGUUUCUAGCACGUGAUGGAGGAGAGUUGGAUAAACAUAUUGGUGAGGUUCCAUCUGCUUAUAAGUGGGAGAUGAUGAAUAGAGCAAUUCAUGCAGCUGCUAGAGGCGGUAAUCUGCAGAUACUGAAGGAGCUUCUUGCUGACUGCUGUGAUGAUAUCUUGGCUUAUAGAGACAUUCAGGGAGCAACACCCUUGCAUGCAGCUGCUGGCAAGGGCCAGGUUGAGGUUGUCAAACAUCUUAUAAAAAGUUUUGAUAUUAUUAACUCCACAGACAAUCAAGGCAACACUGCAUUACAUAUUGCUGCUUCUAGGGGCCAAUUAGCUGUUGUUGAAGCGUUAAUUGUUGCAUCAACCUCAUUGGUCUAUUUGAGAAACAAUGCAGGAGAAACGUUUCUCCAUGUCGCCAUUACUGGUUUCCAAACUCAUUGUUUCCGCAGAUUGGACCAUCAAAUCCAGCUCAUGAAGCAAUUAGUUUGCGGAAAGUUUUUCAACAUUGUAGAAAUUGUUAAUGCGGAAAAUAAUGAUGGUAGAACCGCGCUUCAUUUGGCUGUCAUUGGAAAUAUUCAUUCUGAACUUGUGGAAUUACUAAUGACUGUCCGCUCUGUCAAUGUCAAUACUCGUGAUAAGGAUGGAAUGACACCACUUGAUAUCCUCAGGCAACGGCCACGUUCUGCUUCAUCGGAACUCCUCGCAAAACAGUUGAUCUCUGCUGGGGGAAUUUUUAGUCAACACGAUUAUUCAGCAAGGAGAGUCGUAGCAUCCCAUUUAAAAAUGCAACACACAGGUAGCAGUCCUGGCACUUCCUUCAGAAUAUCUGACACCGAAAUAUUCUUAUACACGGGCAUUGAGCAUGAUGGCUGUGAAAGCGCAGAGCUGAGCACGUCAACUGAACUGAGCCAACACAAUGGGAAUACUGGAAAUGAUUGUCCUAGAAAUGAGGGUAAAACCAAUUCUGCAAAUAAUGCUGCACAAAGGCUGAAACGCUUUUUCCAUUGGCCAAAAAUAAGGAAAGGGGAUACUCAGAGGCUCAAGAAAUUGGAGGAUCAAAGUUCUGCUAGAAAUUCAGAAGCAGCACCAGUUCCUCUUCGACAAAGAUUCUCCAAGCCUUCCUCUCUGCCAAACAACAAACGGACACUCUCUGUUCGGAGUAACCUUCCAAGUCCAACAGCAAAAAAGAAACUUGCUUCAGGGCUAGUAAAUGGUGUCAUGCUGGCAAUACCACAUCUUAAUGUCCGCCGUAGAUCAUCUUGCUCUAGUUCAUUCUCAGUUUCAUCAAUAUCUUCACACACUUCGUUGGACCAACAAAAGGCCAACCAAAUUGAGAAUGAGCUUGCUAGACCUUCUUCUUCUAGUCAUGUUCGAGGUAAAUCAUCACACACUUCGUUGGACCAACAAAAGGCCAACCAGAUUGAGAAUGAGCUUGCUAGACCUUCUUCUUCUAGUCACGUACGACGUAAAUCAUCAGAUUCCACAUACAAACAGUACCUAUGUUUUGGUGCUUCAGAACAACCUGUCAAAGCCACUUCAUGUGAGCUGCGGCCAUAUGAAAUUUAUGAGCGUUCUGUUCUAUCCACAGCUUGAUCUUGUUAAAACGGGACUUCAGUAAUUUGACAGGUCAGUAAGCUCUUAGUUCCAUCCUUGACACACCUACAUGUCCCCAUAAUUUAAUAGCUACUAAGAUUUCCAAGAAGUAUUCCCUUUGCUCUAGCAGAAAUGUAAAUCUGUUUGAUGUUUUAAUUGCAUUUUGUAACUCCUCCUUCGGUUGUAACUUAAAGAAUUUGUGACACUAGUUUGUUAAGGUUUCUUAGUUGUGCAAGAAAAA